GAGGACUUACAGAGAAGGGAUCAAUCAUUCUGGACAGUGCUCAAUGAAUUCAUACACAUACAUUGAAUUAAAACAAAAUCAAGUGAAUUAAAAAUAUGUGCUAGAAAUUAGAAUAAACAAAAAGCAUAUUACAAACCGUAAAAAGCAAAGGCUUACUUGAAUCAGUAGAAGUAUGAACCCUAAGAAUGGAUGGGAACUCAUGCCCCUUACUAAAACAAAUGAAUACAGAUAUGAUCGGCUACUAUAAUGCAUUAAAUUAGGUUUUUGUAAUGACAUAUUGCAUUAUAAUAUUUUUAACCAGACAAUUUGAUGUAGAAGAAUCAAUUUGAUAUGAAAGAAUCAAAUAUCAAAAAGGUAAAUCUUCAAAAGAUUAAAGUUCAUUUAACUACUUAGUUACAUAUCUGUUUCUUGUUAGUCUCAAAUAAUUACAAAACAUUUCUCUUUCUUUCAGUAAAAAAAGUGUCAAUGGAAGAUUUGAACCCACAUCCAUAUGUAAAUGCAUCACACAGAGUGGAGUGCAGUAUUUGUGAUACAAAAUGCAUGGUGUGAAAAAUAGUCAUAAAAAAUGGUGUAAUUAGCUAUAACUUAAUAAUAACUAAUAAGCUGCAAACCCUCAUAAGUUAAGAAUAAACUCCCAACCUACACAAAUAUUACCAAUGAUAAGAAAUUAAAACCUCUAAAAUAUUCUGGAAAAAAUAAUUCAAGAACGAGCACCACAAUAUCGAGCUAUAUUCAAAUCGCAUAGAAAUUAUGCAAAUCUGUGCAAAAAUGGACAUAAAAAGGGAUCACCAUUAUGAAAAAUUUUCAAUAUGCAAAUUGCAUACCUGAUGAAGAAAUUGAACUCAUGUGUGGUCUUCUGCUAGGACACUAUUAAGAGUGGUGCGUAUGAAAUUAGGGCGAGGAACACACCAAUGAGUGAUUAAACCCUCCAUGACCGCCGCUGGAGAAACAAAAUUCACAUGGGGUGGUGUUAAUCCUCCACCGCCUCUGAGUCUCCGAGCUCCCUCCGCCCAUCCAGCCCUCCAGGCAUCCGGUUGCAGAGCUAUGGGGGUCGAUUACUACAACAUUCUCAAGGUCAACCGAAACGCCAGCGACGAUGAUUUGCGCAAAGCCUACCGCCGUCUGGCUAUGAUCUGGCACCCCGAUAAGAACCCCGGCCCCAAAAAACACGAAGCGGAGACCAAGUUCAAGCAGGUCUCCGAGGCCUAUGAUGUCCUCAGCGAUCCCCAGAAACGCCAAAUUUAUGAUCUCUACGGCGAGGAGGCGCUCAAAUCAGGGCAGGUCCCCCAUCCACCGCGGGGUGGGACCCACCACUUCCAUACCCAGCCCCAUCCCAAUCCCUCCUUCCGGUUUAACCCCCGGGAUGCGGAGGAUAUUUAUGCCGAGUUGUUCGGAGGGUCCUCCUCCUCCAAGAUUCAUAAUGGGCGGGGCAGGGAGACUAGGGAUGGCUUCUUCAGGAGCACGGCCAAUGCUGGAGCUGAGUUCUCCGGAGCGAGUUCCAGUGCAUCUAGAAAGGCUCCCGCGGUGGAGAACACUGUCAUGUGUAGUUUGGAGGACUUGUACAAAGGAGCAAAGAAGAAAAUGAAAGUUUCCAAGACGAUUCAAGAUGUUUCUGGGAUGCCUCGAAUUGUUGAGGAGAUCUUAACGAUCGAGAUAAAACCUGGUUGGAAGAAAGGCACAAAGAUAACCUUUCCGGAGAAGGGUAAUCAAGAGCCUGGUGUCAUUCCAUCUGAUCUUGUUUUUGUGGUCGACGAAAAGCCUCAUCCUUUCUUCGUCAGGGAGGGAAAUGACUUGGUUGUGAAGCAGGAGAUAUCACUUCUCGAAGCACUCACCGGGAAAACCCUGGAACUGAUAACAUUGGAUGGCAGGAAUCUUAGGAUCCCACUGACUGAGGUUGUCAGACCUGGACACGAGGUAGUGGUCCCGAACGAAGGAAUGCCGAUAUCUAAAGAACUUCACAGAAGGGGAAAUCUGCGGAUAAAGAUUGAUGUUAGGUACCCGACUAGGCUAACUGAAGUUCAGAAAUCAGAACUGAGCAGGGUCUUGGCAGGAACGUAAAGGUAAAGUUUUUGAAUUGGUUACUGUUCUGGAGGCCGGGGUGAUCCGUAUCAAAGAAAGUUGAGUGAGUACGCCGUUGUUGGUUAGUGUACAUAUAUAUUAUAUAUAUAGAGGAUGUGAAUUGGGUAGAGUUUUUCCUUCCUUUGUUAUGGUUU